CUGCGUUUUAAGGUUACUUUAAAAAACAAAAACUGCGUUAUUGUUUGUGUACUGUCUCAGAGCAAGAAAAAGAGAAAAAGGGCAACGAUGGCGCUAUGGAUGGAAAAGGGUUCGGAGCCUUUAACCGAAAACGAGAAAGCAGACCUUGAAGCCAUUGCUGCUAUCAAAGAAUCUUCAGCUUUAGAACUCAAGGAAAAGGGUAACCAAUAUGUGAAGAUGGGUAAGAAGCAUUACUCUGAUGCCAUUGAUUGCUACACAAGGGCAAUUGAUCAGAAAGCUUUGACUGAUUCUGAGACUUCUGUUCUUUUUUCAAAUAGAGCCCAUGUUAAUUUGCUACUUGGAAACUUUAGAAGGGCUCUUAAUGAUGCUAAUGAUUCAAUCAAGUUGUCCCCUUCAAAUAUAAAGGCAAUUUAUAGAGCUGCUAAAGCUUCCUUUUCGUUGAAUUUGUUGGAUGAAGCACAAGACUAUUGUCAAAUGGGUCUUCAUUUGGACCCCAAGAAUGAGGAAUUGAAGAGGCUUGAUAAGCAGAUUGAAACUAAAAUACUGGAGAAUGAAAAACAUGAGGCUGAAGUUUCUAACGCCAUUGCAGAGGCAAAGGAACUUGCUUCUGCGAUAGAAAAUAGAGGCUUGAAGAUUGGGAAGGCUAUGUAUCGAGAACUUACUGGGUUAAGGAAACCUGUGUUUGACAAAAGUAACAUCCUUCAUUGGCCUGUUCUUCUUUUGUAUGCAGAAGUUAUGUCCAGUGACUUCAUUGAGGAUUUCUGCGAGACCGACAUGUUUACGGUUCACCUUGAUAUGGUAUUUUCAGAAGAUCAACCGCUUCCAUGGGAUGUUAAAAACAAUUACAAACGUGAAUUUAUUGAGUUAUACUACGAGGCUGGUUCUGGACCUCGUCUAUCUAAGCAAAAACUCCUUCAUUAUCUAUUAGAGGGAACUCCAGCAGCUUCCAGUGGGGAAGUUAUUGGCGAUGAAGUAAAAGAUGCAGUUGAGGAUUUUAAGCAAAACAAAAGCUCCCCGAAAUGGAUCAAAGUCAAUGAGAGGAGAACACUCCAUGAUGUUCUGAAAGAGCCCAAUUUCAUCAUUCCCGAGAUCCCAGUCUUCUAUGUUGUUUCUAAGCAAUCCAGCUUUUAUAGCAAAUUCAAAGAUGGAAAGUGGGCUCCUCCAAGUGUAUGAAAGGAAGCAACAAGAAUCUGACAUGUUUUGCAGUAGCUAGAUUCAAGAUUUCUGGCUGUAGUUUUUCUAUCAAAUAUAAUGCUAGAAUUGGAGGAACCUUGCAUGGAUGUAUCUAUUCCUUUUCUCCUGUAAUUUGGGAUGUUUUGGUACAUGUAUAAUUUGGUAGCUUUGAUUUCAGAUUUUUAUAAGGUUACAGGUGCAUACUACUUCUAAUAUUAGAGUUUUCAAAUUUCAUUUUCACUAGGGACACACAGAUAAGGGAUAACUGACCAUUUUAGUUCCCGUUUUGAUAUCAAUCCUUACAAUUUGCCUUUUUA